CGAUUGUCUGUAGCGUCGGAACCCUUGGAAUUAACUUGGCUAUUUCAUGAUUUUUCUAAAUUUCUCAUCGAGAUUUUUCGUUUCGAUCUUGCACGAUAUUACGCUAAGAAGGCACGUGACUCUGCUGUCGAAGCUAAGAGCGAACAAUGGAUAUUAAAUGCCACUCAUAUGACGAUGUUAAUCGAGAUCUGUCAAAACAAUCGAAACGAAGCGAAGGAGGCUGCUGCUAUGGCGAUAGCCAGUGCUAAAAAGCUUGGCAUCGAUUAUCUGGUAGAUUUUUACUAUCGUGCUCUUAAUAUUAUCGACGAGGUCGAUUUUGAAAGAUUGAUGAUAACCACGGAUGGUAUAGCCACUAGACAACGGCUUAUACUCGAAUUGAUGCCAGAGGAAUUGAAGAACGACGUGGAUUUUCUUUUUCGUAGUAUGGAAGUAGUACCAGCGAAACGGAGGCUUUCUGUAAUGCCUGGUUGUAAGCCAAUCGACCGUAAGUUCAAGUUACCCUGUAGACGGAAUACGAUAUUGCCGUGUCCUCCGAAGGAUCCUGAAAAGAAAGCGAAGCAAGCUUUGCUUGCUCAAUACGCUCCGGUGAAGAAGAGACCUGGUUUCAUCGAUUUAGAAAAUUACGAAUGAGCCUCGGCAUCACUUGGCAAGAGAUAUAUACACUGUGAUAUACUAAAAUUGGAUUUUGGUGCUAUGUAUCUAUACGAAACUCUCCUAUUGUUCGCUUGUUUGCUUUCAACUGUUCUGAUUCUUCGAGUUUCUCAUAUAUGUAUAGGUAUAUAUAUGUGUGUUUGU